UUUUACUGCGGUUAUUGCACAUGCAGGCGGCAAAGCCGGCUUUCGCACCGGGCCGAUCCGCUGCCGUUACAUCACCGUUAAACAGCGCUGCCCCGCUCCGGAGUCCGCAGAAGCGCCCCUCGCAGCAUCAAAUCAGCUGCGUCAUCCCUGGACCGCUGGCACAGGAUUAACACGUUCAAUCGGCUUCAUUAAGGGCUCCACGUCGCCGUCGUGCCCUCCUCGCUUUACCUUUGCCUUUCAUUGCCAAGUUUGGGAAAUAAUUUCAGACAGAAAAUGGUGAAACUGGGAAACAAUUUUUGCGAAAAAAAUAAUGCGAAACCCGUCUCGGAAGACGGAUUCGACACCAUUCCUCUCAUAACACCUCUGGACGUCAAUCAACUGCAAUUUCCUCCGCCCAACAAGGUGGUGGUGAAAACCAAGACGGACUAUGAUGGUACCCACAAGAAAGGCAAAUUUCGUUCCCCCAAAAUUGCCGAAUUCACAAUAAGCAUCAUCGAAGGCGUGUCUGAACGGCUUAAAGUCACCCUGCUAGUGAUCUGCGCGCUGGCGUUUCUGGUUUGUGUCGUGUUCCUGGUGGUCUACAAAGUGUACCAGUACGAGCAGCCGUGCCCCGAGGGAUUCAUGUACACGCAGGGACGCUGCAUGCCAGCCGGGGUGUACAGCUACUACCCCCCCCAGGGGCCCGGGGGCCGUGGCCGGCUCUUCACCAUCAUCAACCACUACAACGUGGCCAAGCAGACCAUCACCCGCUCCGUCUCGCCCUGGAUGACCGUAAUGUCUGAGGAGAAGGUCUCCCAGCAGGAGAUGGAGACGUCCCAGAAGCUGGCCUAGGAGAUCCCACAGGCAGACCCCCCCCAACACACACACACACACACACACACACACACAGACAGAUAUACAAAAAAUGACCAAUGCAUGAUGCUAACUCACACACAACACACCCAAGUGCACACACUGAAAUACACUCUCCUCUCCAUACAGAGUAAGACACCCAAACACACUUGACUAUGGAUAUGUCCACCUCCUGUCACACUUAAGCCAUCACAAACACGCGCACACACACAGGUCCCGAGUUUCCUUCAGGCAAUCCAGCAGUACACUGAGUCUGAAAGGAGCUUCAUCUUCAUAGAGCAGCCGAGAACUUCCUCAGUACUGCAUCUGUUGACCUAUGUUCUACAUUAUAUGGUUUAUGGUUUUACUUUCACACAUUACCCACAAUGCACCAUAAGCCAACACACUACCGACUUUCCACACCAUGUAGGUCGGGAUUCUUGGGGCUUGUAGUGAUAGCUCAUCAUUAAGUAUCAUCAUCCAGCCCUCCAAGGGUACCUCCAUACUUCCCUUGAGGUCCAAAACCCCAGUUUCAAAAGUCAUUUGACUUCACCUACUCAGGUGUCUGCACUGCCCACAUCCAUUAGCGCCCCUCACAGACAUCAUGAGGUACUACAGCUAUAAGCUUUAUCAUGUUGUCUGCCUUUAGUGAAAGGGUCGCAAGCCCUCCACCCCCUCCUUUGGGUGGAGCCCAGAGCCUAUGGCAUGUCCACCAAGCUUACCAGGCGUACAUACAUGCUAAUCUGCUCGCUUGGGAAUUAGCUGCCAGCUUUGAGUUUCCUUGACCGUUAGCUUCUUCGUCACUAUUCAUUUCAAAGCCUCACCUGCUCACCAGACCUCGCACAGCCACCCUGGGAGUACCCCCACCCCUCUCCAAACAGGCCUGUACUUUUAGCCAUCACACCAUUCCUGUCAUCUCAGGCUCCUUCCAAACGGUUGGUCUGUCUGCAACCCUUGCUUACAAAAUGGGGGGAGAGAAUCGACUUAGCUUUCCUGUUCGUAUUAUAAUAAAAGAUUUUAAGCAAGCAUUGAGAUAUUUUUCAGUUUAGACUAAAAAAAAAGAAAAAAUUGCAUAUUUCACAUAAUUGUCUAAAAAGUAUCUUUGUGGCAUGUUUUGGGUGGAGGAAAUCAAGUGAUUAUAGAGUAUAUUUUGUUGCAAAGGUCUGGAGAAGUCGGUAAAGAUGGUGAUUUCACUGGCAAACAUAAAUAAAGUUAAAUAAAGAUUGAGUGAAAACCUG